AUGGUAUCCGAAAAUGACCCAAUCAAGCUCACACUCAGGGGCUCUCCUCGAGAAAUUGGACUUCAACAUGGUCGGGCCUUGCGAGAACAGAUUCAUAGUCAAGUUUCUAUCUAUGAUUCUAUGUUCCAGCAGAAGUCAAAUUUAUCCUGGGGAGAAGUGCGCGAGGUCGCAAAGGAGUUUCAGUCAACGUUGAAGGUCUUGACACCACAUCUGCUGACGGAAAUGGAAGGCAUCGCCGAAGGUGCUGGUCUUGAUGUGCUCGAUAUCAUCGCCCUCAACUGUCGAAGCGAAAUCGCCCUCGGAAGCUUCUCCGAUGGCUGCACGACGCUCUGCUGGAAGAAAAGCGGUGGGGCCCGAGUCCUAUCGCAGAAUUGGGACUGGAGAGCAACAGUCAAGAAAAAUCUUGCCAUGAUCUCAAUAGAACAGGAGGGAAAGCCUGUUCUCUAUAUGGUUACAGAGGCAGGGAUCGUCGGCAAGAUUGGAUUCAACCUGAACGGCGUGGGAACCUGUCUGAAUGCCAUUCGGGCAAAGCCAAUGCUGAGUUCCAAGGUGCCCAUUCAUGUUGCACUCCGAUUGUGCUUGGAGAGUAAAUCCGUUCAUGACGCUGUCAAGACUAUCGAGUCUCUAGGCGGAGUUGCGUCGGCACAGCAUAUCCUCUGUGCAGAUUACACAACCGCGCUGGGCCUUGAGUUGUCCCCCGUCGGAGACAAACACAUUGCUGAAGAUGCAAAUGGUCUCAUUGGUCAUACCAAUCAUUUCCUUGAGAAUCAAUACGUGGAUGAGCCACCCUGGCUAUCCGGAUCUCCAAUUCGAUUGAGGCGAUUAGGGGACCUGACGAAGGAGCUUCUUGAUGUUGGUGUUACCGGCGAUGAUAUCACUGCCGAUUUGCUGAGAGAAUCCAUAUUCUCUGAUACUUUCAAUCUACCUCAGGCGAUAUGCGAACAGGAAGACCCUUUGCGUCCUAAGGGUACCAGAAGCAGUACUUUGUUCAACAUUGUCAUGAACUUGGACCCAAAAAGUCUAGGGGCAGAGGUAGUCUUUGGUCGAGUGGGAUCUGGGGAAGAGGGAUCUGUACUCACAAUGCCGUGGUGA